UGGGUCGUCGGGUGUUCAUACUCGAUAGCCGAAGUUGGUCAGUGGUUUGGGCUUCGAUUGACCAAUUUGGCUUAGCAGCGGCUUAGCCGACCGAUCAGUCCAUUGCCGGUCGUUCAGUCGGUUGGAGGUGUUCUUCGAAUUUGGCGUAGUCGCGAAUAUUGAGGUUUAUGGGAAGGAAUGCGGAUAGCGGAGUGAUGGGGUCGGGUAACGGAUUGAUGUGUUCGCGGUGGAUGAGUGUGCGGCUGAUUGUGGUGGUGUUGGCUUUGGCAGCAUGUCAUCGAGUAGCGGCGCAGGAUGGAGAACAUCACUGUGUGAUGUACGGGGUCUGCAAUUAUAUUGGAAUGCACAAGCAGAAUUGUCCAACUACGGAGAAGGCAAGGCCGCUUGACAAUCUGCAAGGUGAGGAGAUCCUGAAGCGACGGUGCGGUUUUGUGUUUGAAGAUGAAAAAAUGCCUUUGUGUUGUAACUACGAGCAGCUCAUAGAGCUCGACAACAACUUCAAGAAUGGAGAAGGUGUGUUCGGCAGAUGUGAGACAUGCACGAGGAAUAUGCUGUACAGUAUUUGCAACAUGGCUUGCAAUCCGGAGCAGAGUCGGUUCCUGACGGCUCAUACGGCUUCGGAAGGUUACUACGUCGAUAAAGUGGACUAUCGAAUCGACCGAGAACACGUGCAGAAUGUCUACGACUCUUGUAAGGGUGUAAUCCUGCCCUCAAGUGGAAAAUAUGCGAUGGACAUGGCCUGUGGAGGUUGGGAGUCCACGAGGUGCACCGCGGAGAGGUGGUUCGAAUACCUCGGCGAUGCCGUCAAUAAUGACUACGUGCCUUUCAUGAUUGAGUACCAUUAUCCGGAAGACCCGGAUAUCAGAUACAAUCAGGAUGUACUGCAUUGCAACGAAGGGUACAAUGGUUCGAACAGUUGUUCGUGCGUGGAUUGUUUCGACAGUUGCCCAGUGUCCGAUCCACCUGAAGCUGAAGAUCCUGGAUUCCUUGUAGGCGAUUUGAAUGGAGUGACCUUCGUGGUGGCCGUAGUCAUCGGAGGGUUCGGUUUGUCUAUGGUGUUGUUCAGUGGUUUCUACAAGUCCAACGGAUCAUCGUUUGAGUUUCCUAAGUUCUGCGGAGGCUUCCCGGCCGUCAAUAGAGGAUUGACGAAGUUCUUCACUCAUUGGGGAACUUUUUGCGCCGCUCAUCCGGUGUUGAUAAUUGCUAUCUGUUCUUGGAUUGUUGGUGGCCUUUGCUACGGAAUCAUCCACCUACAGAUAACUACCGAUCCGGUCGAAUUGUGGGCAGCACCCGAAAGCAGGUCACGCGUGGAAAAGGAUUACUUCGACUCCCGGUUCUCCCCCUUCUACAGAACCACGCAAAUGUUCAUCAAACCUACCAAGCAGAACUACAUCGUUCACGAAACAUCAACAGGCAACAUCACCUUCGGUCCGGCAUUCGACAAGGAGUUCCUGCUCGCAGUCUUCGAGCUGCAAGAACAAAUCGAGCAAAUCGGCCAAGAGGAGGGUGCUGGGCUGGAAAAGAUCUGCUACGCCCCGAUGACUGCGGCUGGCCAAGAAACGGUCCUCAGCGAAUGCACCAUUCAGUCGGUGUUUGGAUAUUUCCAGAACGACUACGACAACUUCCACUCCGUGCGUCCCGACUUGGAGGGAUUUGAAGUCAACUAUUUGAACAAGAUCAACGACUGCACCCGGAAUGCGUACAUUCCGGCUUGCUUUGGUCCUUACGGAGGACCUGUUGAGCCGGGUAUAGCCGUUGGAGGUUUCCCAAAGCCUGCUCUGGGAGAAAGUCCGGAUUACCGCCUGGCCACAGGAGUGAUCAUCACUUUUCUUAUCAAGAACAAGGCUAACAAAGACGAACUGGGUCCGAUGAUGGAGUGGGAGAAGAAGUACAUCGAGUUUAUCGAGAAAUACCAGAACCCGUUGAUGGACAUAGCCUACACUGCGGAGCGCUCGAUCGAGGACGGAAUCGACGCCAUGUCGGAAGCGGAGAUGUACACCGUCAUCAUCAGCUACGUGGUCAUGUUCGUCUACAUUACGAUCUCGUUGGGAAAGGUUAGCGGCUUCCGGACGUUCUUCAACGAAUCGAAGAUUAUUCUUGCGGUUGGUGGAAUCGUAGUGGUGUUGGUGUCGGUCGCUUGCAGUUUGGGAUUCUUCGGAUAUCUACAGCUGGCUACGACCAUGUUGACGAUCGAGGUGAUUCCGUUCUUGGUGUUGGCCGUCGGCGUUGAUAACAUCUUCAUGCUAGUUCACGCUUUCCAACGGAUUGAUAGGGUGCAGACUCCGGAAACGGAUAAGGCCAUCGGGAAGGCUCUGGGUCAAAUUGGCCCAUCGAUCUUGCUGACGUCGGCUAGUGAAUGCUGCUGCUUUGCGAUUGGCGGUUUGUCGCCGAUGCCUGCGGUUAACACGUUCGCCUGGUACGCAACGGUGGCACUGUUCGUGGAUUUUGUUCUGCAGAUAACUGCGUUCGUGGCCUUGAUGGCAUUGGAUGAGCGGAGAGUUGCUAGCGGAAGGUUGGACCUGUUUUGUUGCGUGAAGAGCGAGAAGAAAAUGGUUGGAAACGAACAGAUAGGCAUUUUGGAAAGUUUCUUCGGAAAGUAUUACGCUCCGUUUCUGAUGAAGAAACCGGUGCGGUUGACGGUGUUGGCUAUCUUCAUCGUGCUCUCGUCACUCUCGCUGAUGGUCGUCCCGAAUGUGGAGCCCGGAUUGGACCAGGAGCUAUCGAUGCCGAAAGACUCGCACUUGGUCAAGUACUUCCAGUUUAUGGCGGAGCUGCUGUGGAUGGGUCCUCCGGUGUACUUCGUACUGAAGCCUGGAUUGAACUACACCUCGGUACCGGACCAGAACCUGGUUUGCGGAGGUGUGAUGUGCAAUGCGGACUCCGUCCAAACACAGCUGUAUUUGGCUUCGCGCUAUCCAGAGAUAACCCGAAUCGCUCGGCCGUCUUCGUCAUGGCUGGACGACUACAUUGAUUGGUUAGCCAUCGAUGGCUGCUGUCGAUACAACAGAACCGACGGAUCGUUCUGUUUGAGCUCCAAUACCUUCUGCGAAUCCUGCCCUCGGGAGUUUGACGAAACGGGUGUUCGCCCAACGGUCGAACAGUUCGAGCGGUAUAUGGAGUUCUUCCUGUCGGACAUUCCGGACGACCGAUGCGCCAAGGCUGGUCGGGCAGCGUAUUUGACGGCACUCAACUACGUUACCGACUCGGCUGGUCAUCUGAACGUUCAUGACUCGUACUUUAUGACCUAUCACACGACGGUUGUGGUGUCCAGGGACUUCUACGAAGCCCUAGAAUGGGCUCGCAAAAUUACCGACGACAUCCAGCGGAUGUUGGACGAGAAGGGGGCUGGAGUGGAGAUUUUCCCGUACAGCGUAUUCUACGUGUUCUACGAACAAUACUUGACGAUUUGGGGUGAUGCGUUGCUAUCGCUUGGACUGUCGUUGGCUGCGGUAUUCGUAGUGACUCUCUUGGUAACCGGACUGGACGUUGUGUUCUCUCUGAUUGUACUACUGAUGGUUUUCUUGAUUCUGUUGAACAUGGGAGGCUUCAUGUGGGCUUGGAGUAUCACCUUGAACGCAGUAUCGUUGGUAAAUCUUGUCAUGAGCGUUGGUAUCGGCGUGGAGUUCAUCUCGCACACUGUGCGCUCGUACAAGAACGAAGCCGGCAGCAAGGUUGAGCGGGCAGCCGAAGCGCUAACCAAGACCGGUAGCAGUGUCUUCUCCGGAAUUACGCUGACCAAGUUCGCUGGGAUCGUUGUGUUGGCCUUCGCCAACUCACAGAUAUUCCAGAUCUUCUACUUCCGGAUGUACCUAGGAAUCGUGCUGAUAGGAGCUUUCCAUGGACUGGUCCUGUUGCCUGUGUUCCUCAGCUACAUUGGACCUAGAUCAACAAAGCAAGUGAUUAUCCGUGCGACCACGGAUCCCCUGAGCGAAGCAAAGUAUUCAGCUUCAGAAAAUCAUAACUUCUAGUCGUUUAGUUAACUCAUGUAAUUUAUUCACCUCUCUCUCAAGUCCCAAUACAAAUCAAUACUCGUUUCAA